UCAUUUGCGUCGCAGUUUAAUAAAGCUGCGACGCAAAUGUGUUUUGAUUUUUUUUUUUCGAAUUCGCGCUCACGCUUAAUUGCUUUCAAGCUUCAUUCUGACUUAGGUUUUGCUCGACAAACAACCAACACUGCUUCACUCCCAAACGAAACCAAACACCAACACUGCUAGAGUCUCACCGGCGGCUUCACCCUGCCGUCGUUGCUUCACUGCCGCCUUCCGUGCCUUCCGCCGUUUCUUCACUGCGCUGCCCCUUCACUGCGCUGCACUUCACUGCUUCACUCCUUCUUGCUGUACUCCCUUUUUAGAGCCGCCGCCCACGGCCAAGGAAGUCGUCCACGCUGCCGCCCACUCACUCCUUCACGCCGCCGCCCACUCACUCCUUCACGCCGCCGCCCACUCAGCCGCCCUUGUUCAUUGUAGUCUCUCCUCUCUUAGCGUCAGGCAUGGAUGAAGAUCAACACGCAAAUUCAGGUCCUUCUAACAAAUCACCAAAUCAAGUGCCCCAAAAGCAAAAAAAGAAGCCAAGAGGCCCUACAAAAGGAAUAAAAUCCAUGCCCGGGGUUCCAAGAAAAAUUGAAUGGGAUCACUUGGACCGACCCACAGGGAAAUGGGCAACGGAUUACAAGAAUCACAUUGGCGAGAUAAGUCGCGCAAAGGUUUCAAUAUUGAUCAGAACCUGGGAAGAUGUUUCACAAGGAAUAAAAGACACUUUGUGGGAAGACGUCAAGAGAGAAUUUCAUAUCACAGAUGAAACUAAGAAAGAAGUUGUCUUAAAGAGUUGUGAUAAGCGUUUGGAGGGAAUUCAAAUCAAGAUUGACGACUGGUUGGAUUCGGGGUACAAGGAAAAGGCCAAAAGAUGAAAAGAUGCCAUAUGAUUUGUAUAGUUAUAUAACUAAGGAUAUAUGGAAGGAAUUUGUGAAGAUACGUACCUCCGAAGAAGCUGAGGAAAUAAGUGAGAAAGCAAGACAAAGUCAAUCUUUCAACAUAUAUCCUCAUCAUAUGGGACAGAAAUCAUAUGCUGAAAUGACAAGUGAAUGGCAGAGAAAAGGGUACAUUCCCUCAGUUUCUUCGUCAUCUGAAGGUUCCUCUGCGUCUACAAUUUCUUCAAGUUUGCCGAGUAGGACAUGUUUAUGGCUUCUUGCAAGAUCGAAACCAGAUGAGAAAGGAAAUCCUUACUUGCCGGAUGAGGGCACACAAAAGGUCAAAGAAAAUAUUGAUGAAUGGAAAAGGAAACAAGAUGAAGGGGAAUUUGUUCCCAAAAGUCUAAACAGGAUGAUGUCUUAUCUCGUGCACUUGGUAAGACUAAAGAAGGGAGACCACUAACAUUUGGUGGUGGAGUAGGCAUCAAAGCUGUGUGGGGGACCGGAGAGCGGCGUAGCUUUCGACGGUAUGGAGAUGCGGAGAUGGAGGAAAUGGAAGCAAGAGUGACCAAAAGGGUCAAAGAUGAGACAAUACAAGAGAUGAACUCCAAGAUGGAUGCCAUGGUCAUGGAGAAAUUUAUCACAUUUGCUAAAGAACUUGGUGUCCAAAUACCAAGCCAUAUGAGGAUAGACGCAAAUGUUCAUAGUAGUUGUCGUUCAGGGGGUUUAGAUCCAUUUGCCGA